AGCGGGAAAUUAUUUGUCCAGUACAUGUUUUGUAGUAUAGUUGGUGUAGUCGAUAAUAAAGUUCUAAGAAAACUAGUGAAUAAAAUUUUCAGAAAUCAAAAUAGAAUUAUGUUGCUCUCUAAUUGCAGUAGUUGUUUAACAAUCUUUUGUGUAGUUGUAAUAGCGUUUAGUCGAUCGAACGCAUGUGAUCAUAACAAAGAUCCAGUAGCUUGUUUAAAAAUUAAGGCGAUUGCUGCUCUAGAUAGGGUGUCUCGUACAGAUAAUAUACCAUUAAUGGAUUCAUUAAGCCUAAUAAGACGAGAAGAUAGCCAUUUGGAUAGAUCCGGUAAAGCUAUUACUGAAAAUGAUCUAGAAGCUGUAGUAAAACAAACGGAAGAUCAUGAAGCAAAACAUGAAAAGCUCAAUCAGAUGUUUUACGAUUCCGUUGCUCAAGUUAUCAACAGCUAUGUAGUUAAAAUUGGAUUCCCCAAUUUGACUUCAGAACAAUUAAGAUCAUCAAUAGAAGAAGGUCGAGGAAAAAUGAAGAAAACUAUGGGAAUGAUGAUGACUGGAAUUGCUAUGAAAGCUAUGAUGGUGAUUCCAUUAGCUCUUGGAUUAUUGUUCUUAAUGGCUGGUAAAGCGAUGAUUAUCAGUAAAAUUGCACUCAUUCUAUCAUUAAUAAUUACACUAAAAAAACUUCUGAGCAAAUCUUCAGAGCAUGUUGUUCAUGAUGCUCAUUCAACCGCAGGAUGGGCAACAGGUGGUUCCGCAGGAGGUUAUGGCAGUGGAUGGGACAAACGGUCAUCAUCUAUUGCAAAUCAAAUGGCUUAUAAUUCUUACAAGUCUUAGAAAUGACAUUUUUAAAAAAAAUUAAUUAAUUAUUAUGUAUUUGUAUAUAAAUUUUACUUUUAUAUAAGUGUUUUAAGUAAAUUAUUAUUUAUUAAAUUCUGAAAUUCUUGUAAUGUUAUAAGAUUUGUAAACAUUAAAUAAUUUAAGAACU